AUGGCCACACCUCAUCCUCCCACCGGGCCUGUUAGUCCUGACACUCUGAUUACUGUCAAAGUCUUCAUCGAAGGCACUAAUCGACGCUUCAAGCUUGCUCUUCGUGACCUAGGAGCGAAUACCCUCCCUCAGAAGCUUCGUUUCCUGCUUGCCAUUCCUGAAGACUACGACGUCAAGUUUGAACGCUUUUCCGAUUCGGCCGGUGCAUACGUUACACUCGACAGUAACAAUCCCGGCGUCUACAAACAACUGUACCGAGCAGCCAAAGCUAAGCUCAAGUUGCGUUUGAAGGCUACUGUCGUUAAACCCGCAAAGAUGGAAGUCAGCGAAACACCCUCACCUGAUCUGAAGUUGCCCCAGGCCGCAGCUUCAGGUGCUCCAGCAGAACCCAGACACAGUUUCCUUGAUACAGUUCUCUCUCAGCCCCCAGUUCAAUCAUUCAAGUCGUUCCAGAAGAACUGUCCAUACUCCCCGACUUGCACGAUCCCAGGGGCUUUUGACGUCAAUACAUCCGGCAUGGAUCCGGUCAUCAAGGCUCCUCGAGACUGCGCCACCGAUCUCUUCAGCCUUCCGACCUUACCGUCCCUCAACGAUUUCCCGUCAACCUCUUACUCGAUUGACUGUAACCAUUGCGGCAAGUCUGUGCCCGAUGAGCACUACCAUUGUGGUAUCUGCGAGAACGGCGACUUCGAUUUGUGUAAGAGCUGCGUUGCCGAUGGGCUCACUUGCGAUGGUGACGAACACUGGUUGGUGAAGAGACACAUUCGUAAUGGAAUCGUCAUUCCAAGUGAGACAACUACCUUGCCAUCCAAGAAGCCGUUCGAGGCUAUCUCAACCGAGGCCGAAGAACUUGUCACACCUCUUGGUUCUCAUGAGCAUGGUGAGCGAACAUGCAAUUCUUGCAUUCGCCAAUUGCCAAACCAGCAAUUUGUGACCUGCCAGGAUUGCCCUGACUUCGACCUGUGCCUCGGCUGCUUCGAUGAGGGUGAACAUGGCCAUGAUCCAUCUCACAGCUUUGAGCCACAAGAUAACACGGAGAGCACCGCCGAGAUCAGGAGCCUCUGUGCGCCGGGCCGCGGCAUUCGCCAUGAUGCUCUUUGCGAUGGCUGUGACAAGAGCAUUUACGGUGCCCGCCACAAGUGCUUGUCUUGUCCCGAUUUUGAUUAUUGCUCGACGUGUGUAGUGACUGCCGGCGAGAAGCACCCAGGCCAUCGAUUUGCGGCUCUGUAUACUCCUCUUGCGUACGUGCGUACUGCAAGACCAUACCACCGAGGUGUCUACUGUGACGGGCCUCUCUGCGCCAACUACAAGGGAUACAUCGCUGGUGAUCGAUACAAGUGCGCCGUGUGCGAUGAUACUGACUUUUGUGCCAACUGCGAGGCCCUUCCCAACAAUGGCCAUAACCCGACUCACCCAUUGAUCAAAUUCAAGACUCCCGUUAAUCGUGUCUCCAUCACCACGGCACACGAGACAGAAUCAGGCGAGAAGCUCGCACAGUUGGGAGAUCGACCUGUGGCCAAGCAUGCUGCGACAGAGACUACACGGGCAACAUCUGCUAAUGCUGCUACGCAAGUCCAGACAGUCGCCGAAGUCGAGCCGGCCGAGAACGCUCCUGCGACUCCAGAAACGCCUGCGACCAGUAAUGCCGUUCCAGAAAAGGCGGCCUCGAAUGACCUCCAAGCUUGGUAUGUCAACGACCUGACCCCUGAUGGGACCAGAGUUAUGCCCAACCAUAUGGUCAUGCAAUCCUGGACUGUUCGCAACCCUGGGCCUGACGCAUGGCCUGCUGGUUGCGCCGUAUAUUACGUCGGUGGAGAUGACAUGCGCAACCUUGAUUUGCUUCACCCCUCAAGUGUCAGCUCCCUGAGUGCAGCGAACUCAACCAACGUGCUCGAGACCAGCUUGGAGCCAGGUAAGAAUGCGGUCUUUACCGUGCUGCUGAAAGCUCCUUCUCGUGAAGGACGAGCCAUUUCCUACUGGCGCUUGAAGACUCCUGAAGGAUUACCAUUCGGCCACAAACUUUGGGUCGAUAUCGAGGUUAAGUCUGCUCCGGUGGAAUUGCCAAUCCGCCCAGCGCCUUUGCCGGCCGUAGCUGGCUCUCUGGAGACCGAGACCGAGCUCAAGGACGAGGGCAGCUCACAGAGCAGCUCCACGAUGAUCUUCCCCAAGCUCGAGAAAGAAUCUCCCGUGUCCAGCAUCCACGAUGUAAGCCGGACGCACGUUGAAGUACCAGCUGCCACCAUGGAACCAACGACCAAGACUGAAGGGCAAGACUUGUUGGACGAUGUGGAGAGCCUGGAGCUCGAAGACUCGGACAGCGACGAAGCCGGUUUCUUGACAGAUGAGGAAUACGACAUCUUAGACGCUAGCGACGAAGACUUCUUGGAUGCACAGACUGAGAGAAGCAAGUAA